AUGAGUUCUUACCAGCAGAAGCAGCCUUUUACCGCACCUCCUCAGCCUCAACAACAUCAAGUGAAGCAACCUUGUGAGCCUCCAUCACAAGGACAAUUUGUUCCCAUGACCACCACGGAGCCAUGCUGUACAGAUGUUCCACAACCAGGAAACACCAAGAUUUCAGAGCCAUGUAAUACCAAAGUGCCUGAGCCAGGCAGCACAGUUGUCCUUGGGCCAGAUUAUACCACAAUGCCUGGGCCAUGCUCUACUAACAACCCUGAGCCAGAUUAUACCACAAUGCCUGGGCCAUGCCCUACCAACAACCCUGAGCCAGAUUAUACCACAAUGCCUGGGCCGUGCUCUACCAACAACCCUCAGCCAGAUUAUACCACAAUGCCUGGGCCAUGCUCUACCAACAACCCUCAGCCAGAUUAUACCACAAUGCCUGGGCCAUGCUCUACCAACAACCCUCAGCCAGAUUAUACCACAAUGCCUGGGCCAUGCUCUACCAACAUCCCUCAGCCAGAUUAUACCACAAUGCCUGGGCCAUGCUCUACCAACAUCCCUCAGCCAGAUUAUACCACAAUGCCUGGGCCAUGCUCUACCAAUGUCGCUGAACCUGUCUAUGUAAACACCUCAGAGCCCAACUAUACCAAAGUCCCUGAUCAGGGCUACACUAAGGUACCUGGCCAGGGAUAUUCUAAGGUACCAGAGCCAUGCCAGUCUAAGGUUACUGAGGUAUACCCUACAAAUGUCACUCCAGAACUAACUCAGCAAAAGAUGAAGCAGAAGUAACAUAGUCCUUAGCCAGCCAUGUCAUUGAAGAGCCAAUCACUUGUUGCUGAACUCAUUC